UGUAUGCCUCCAGACAGACCAACACAGAAGUAGACGAGAAAGCGCUUUGUUUUGUACUUUUGUUAUGGUUAUCAUUCAUGAACUUCAGUAGGGUUUUUAUUAUUAUUAUUAUUAUUUUAGGGGUUAUAUAUUGCAAUAUAAACCAUUUUCACGGCGAGAGAGCCUUCUGACACUAGCGGUUUGCGCUUGUUAAGCGCUGUUAAUAACGAUAAUUAUUCUUUUGAUGGUAAAUGAUGGCAGAAGGCGGCAGUAAUAUUGCCAGUCUUCCUCCAGGAGACCCGCAGCUCAUCGCGUUCAUAGUGGAGCAUCUGAAGAACAGAGGUCUGUUUGAUGAGUUUAGACGAGACUGUCUGGCAGACGUGGACACAAAGCCAGCUUACCAGAAUCUCAGACAGAAGGUGGACAGCUUUGUGUCCACUCAUCUCAGUACUCAAGAAUGGAAUCCGUCCAUCAACAAGAACCAAGUGAGGAAUGUCUUGAGGCAGAGCGUAGUUCAAUCAGGGAUGUUGGAAUCAGGGGUAGACAGAAUUAUUACUCAGGUGGUGGACCCUAAACUGAACCACAUCUUCAGGCCGCACAUCGAGAAUGCCAUUCAUGAUUUCCUAGCCGCAGAGAAGAAAGAUGAGGGGCCGUCAAGUUCAACCCCUGAAGCUGAACAACAGGAGACAGCCAGCAAUACUGCUGCAAAAACACAAUACAUGCAUUUAAAAUUGAUCACAGGACUGUUUUUAUUAUUACAAAUAGGCGCGAUUGAUUCAAGCAGCGCUCAUGACACCUCACAAGAGAGAUCACUGAACAUCCAGAAGAGAAGACUGUCUCUGCAGAACACAGCGGAGAUGCAGCAGUGUCUGGUGAACGCGGGUGAUGUGGGCUGUGGGAUGUUUGAGUGCUUCAACAACAACUCCUGCGAUAUCCGUGGACUACACGACAUCUGCUUAACAUUCUUACACAACGCGGGCAAAUUUGACUCCCAGGGAAAAUCAUUCAUCAAAGAUGCGCUGAAGUGCAUGGCCAACGGACUGCGCCACAAGAUCAGCUGCGUCAGCCGCAAAUGUCUGGCUGUUAAAGAGAUGGUGUUUCAGCUGCAGUGGGAGUGCUUUGUCAAACACAACUUCUGUGCUGCAGUUAGAGAGAACAUCAAUGCCAUGGUGGAGAUGAUCCACUUCAAAGACCUGUUUCCCAAAGGGCCCCAUGUGGAGUUGGUGAACAUCCUGUUGGGCUGUGGCGAAGAUGUACGCGUGGCCAUUGGCCGACGAAUACAGACUGAGUGUGAGCAAAACUGGGGAGCUCUGUGUGGGAGUCUGAGUCUCUGUGCGCAUGGAAAGAUGGAGGGCCAGGCCAGUUCCACCCUCGCCCCUCCCUCCACCCCAGUGGGAGCUAACGCCAACUCCCUCCCCCCUGCUGGCCUUGUUAUCCACGAGGCUGAUGUGGAAACAGUUUGGACACUUACAGAACAAGAUGAAGAUAAAAAUCAGAGUCAGUCCUCAGGUCCACAGUCUCAAGACAAUGUCUCUGAUGCUGAAAAAGAGCUCAAGAGGUCUUUGAAUGCCACCAAAAGGAGGUGAAGGGAAGGUGCCCAUCAGUGCCUUUAGCCCACACAAA